AUGUGCAGGGGGCGCUGGACCGCAUUCCCCAGAUGGGGAAACGGAGGCACGGAGAGGAAGAGCUGUCCUCCCUCCUCCGCAACCACCAGUCUGGCCAGCCCUUGUGGGCGGUGCCCUGGGAGUCACCUAGGACCAACAGAGGCCUUGGCAACGCACGCAGAAGUGCUUGUGGCAGCAACGCUUGUGGCAGCAGCAGCCAUAGGGAGGCCAGGCGUGGAGGCGGCACCGGGCUCGGAGCUGGCCAGGGUCCCCUCGCCUAUGGAGCACACAGCCACCACAGGCCCCAGGCCUGGACCUCCCCCUCGGCGGGUGGAGAAUGUUGUGCUACCAGCCAAGGACUGGCUGCCAGGACCUCCUGGGGGCACCGCAGUGUGGGCCACCAGCUCGGAAGCAGAGGUCCCACCAGAUCUAGCGCUCAAUAAGGAGCAGCAGUUGCAGAUCUCCAAGGAGCUGGUCGACAUUCAGAUCACAACCCACCACCUACAAGAGCAGCACGAGGCUGAAAUCUUCCAGCUGAAGAGUGAGAUCCUUUGGCUGGAGAGCCGAGUGCUGGAGCUGGAGCUGCAUGGAGAUCCCACCAGCCAGGGCUGUGCAGUCCCAGUGGAGUCUGACCCCAGGCACCCCCGGGCACCAGCCCAAGAGCUCAGACACAAAGCCCGGGUGCCUGGACACUCUGAUGAUCGCAGAUUCCAGGUGCAGCCCAAGAACGCCGUGAACCCCGAGAACGAGCAGCACAGCCUGGGGAGCGGCCUGCUGGGGGGCCAGGAGCAGCUGCAGGGAGAAGUGAAGUGGGCGCUGGAGCGUCAGGAGGCCCGGCAGCAGGCACUGGAGAUGCGUGUGGCAGCCCUGGGCCGGCAGCUGCAGGGAGCCCGAGAGGAGGCCAGGGCAGCCGGGCAGCGACUAGCCACACAGGCUGUGGUGCUGUGCAGCUGCCGAGGCCAGCUCCAUCAGGCAGAGGCCGAGAACGCCCGGCUGCAGCUGCAGCUCAAGAAACUGAAGGACGAGUAUGUCCUGCGGCUGCAGCACUGCGCCCGGGAGGCAGUGGAGCACGCAGAUGGUACAGGCCAAGCGCCAGCUACCACGGCCCUCCGGACAUUCCUGGAGGCGACUCUGGAGGACAUCCGGGCAGCGCACCGCAGCCGUGAGCAGCAACUGGCCCGGGCUGCCCGCACCUACCACAAGAGGCUGGUGGAUCUCAGCCGCAGGCAUGAGGAGUUGCUGGUUGCCUACAGGGCACCUGGGAACCCCCAAGCUAUUUUUGACGCAGCCAGCUUGGACCUGGAACCAUUGCCCGUGCCCCUGGUCACUGACUUCAGCCAUCGGGAGGACCAGCAUGGGGCACUGCUCUCAUCCCCAAAGAAGGGACCCGGUGGAGCCUCCCAGGGAGGAACGUCAGAGCCACAGGGCCUGGACGCUGCAUCCUGGGCCCAGAUCCACCAGAAGCUCCGGGACUUCUUCCGCAGCACCCAGGCAGAGCUGGAACGGGAGCGGGCACAGCUGCUGGUCCGGGCCACGAUGGCUGAAGAGCAACUUUCUGAGCUACAGGAGUACGUGGACCAGCACCUGGGCAGGUACAAACACGAAAUCCUGAGGCUGAGGAAGCUGGCAGGUGCAGGGGACCCCUGGAAAGUGGGGGCUGUGCCUCCAGCCAAGCCCCAGCAUCCAAGGACCGGCAGCCACUAGGCCGUCUCCCAAGGAGCAGAGCAGAGCCCGUCACAGCCAGCACGGAGCCCUCCCACCCAGCCCCCCAUGAAACAUGAGUCAGGAUACAACCCA